AUGUUUGCGAUUGAGAUAAAAUAUGGUUUGCGAGAUGUAUUGAGAAUUGUUAUAGUUAUUUGCUGUUAUCUUUUAUUACGACCAUAUUUGCAGCGAUAUUUGAGGCAUAAGCAGGCGAUGCACUAUGAAGCAGACGAUAAAGCUGACUGUGGUGACAAGGACGAAGAUGCAGUGCUUUCUUGGGUACUUAAAUAUCAAGCAGAAAGUGUAGAAUAA